AUGGAAAAUUUUUUUAGAAUAUCUUAUAAUAAACAGUGUAUAGGACAAAUAAUUCAUAUGUUAUAUUUCAUAUGUUUAAUUUUUAUCUUAUAUAAUACAAAGACGUGUUUGCGAAAAAUCUCAAAAUGUGAUAGAAACUUGUCGGACUUAAAUUUAGGAGAGCAAACAGAUUAUGAUGAAAGUGAGAUUAGUAAUAUUAAAAACAUUUCAUUUUACCCUGAUAAAUUUAGUAAGUUAGAAUAUAAUUUAAGAGAAGUAUGGAAUAAAUUAGAGACAGACGAACAUGAUGAUUAUAUGGAUGUUACUGUUGAAUAUUUUGAAAAAUUAUUAGAUAAUGACAAAAAUUUAGAAAAUUACGAAAAGUAUUAUGAAAAAAGAGCCUCAGUUGCUUAUAUGUUACAUGAAUUUCGUAGAGGAUAUCUGAAUGAACAAAAUAGAAAAUUUAGGAAUUUUCUACAUAAUUUAAAAGAAAAAAGAAUUAAAGAACCUAUAGAUACUUUGAAUGCUGAUGAACAAGAAGAAUGGAAUAAAAUAAAGAAUGAAAAAAUUAAAAGUGAUGAAGAAUGGAAAAAUUAUCAAUUACAAACAUGGGAAUAUUUAAUAAAAAUGGAAUAUUCUAAAAUGACAUAA